AUGGUAGUUAACAAUGCCGAGACAGUAAUGGAAUUAGAGCCUAUAAUUCCACAACAAAGGUUAGGGGACAAUUCUCCUUCUACUGUUUUACCCAAUGGAUCAACAGAAAAAACAACAAAUUCGAGAAAACGUUCAACUCAACAUUCGACGCCCGAACGGGAUAAAUGGUCCUCCUGGGCAGAUUUUAUUAUGUCCUGUGUUGGAUAUGCAAUCGGCCUAGGCAAUGUUUGGCGCUUCCCCUAUCUGUGCUAUCAAAAUGGAGGAGGAGCUUUUCUAAUCCCUUAUAUAAUAACAAUUUUGCUUUGUGGUGUUCCUCUUUUUAUUUUGGAAACUUCUUGGGGCCAAUUAGUUUCUGUUGGAGGCCUUGGAAUGUUUAAAAUAUGCCCUAUAUUUAAAGGGGUUGGAAUUGCUGCUGUUGUUAUGGCUUUUUGGCUUAACAUUUAUUAUAUUGUGGUGCUAAGUUGGGCUAUGGCUUAUUUAGUUCAUUCUCUACGGGUAGACUCUAAUGUCCCUUGGAGGACUUGCAAUAACACAUGGAAUACCUACCGAUGUCGAUCAGAAUAUGAUCCAGUAACUUGUGAAAAUAAUCGUUCAAUUGCUGAUUAUUUUAACGUUAAAAUAUUAACAGCCGACCAUUUAAAUGAAUACAAAAAACAAUUUUUUAUUGGCCCUAAAGUUAAUUUUACAAUAUGUACGGAAGCGGAUAUGAAUGUACACUCUCCAGUCAAGGAAUUUUGGGAUCGUCGCGUAUUGGGUAUUAGCACAGGAAUUGAGCACGUUGGCUCUUUAAGGCAUGAUUUAGCCUUAUAUUUAAUGAUUUGUUGGAUGAUUUGUUAUUUUUGUAUUUUUAAAGGGGUUAAAUGGACGGGAAAGGUUGUUUAUUUAACUGCUUCUUUCCCUUAUUUGAUGCUUUUUUGUUUGUUAAUACGUGGAUUGUCGUUAGAGGGUGCUAGUUUAGGCUUAGAAUUUUAUUUAAAACCAGACUUUUCCAAACUUUUUGAAAGCAAAGUUUGGGUAGAUGCAGUCACUCAAGUAUUUUUCUCUUAUGGACUAGGAUUGGGUGCUUUGGUUGCUUUAGGCUCUUACAAUAAAUUUCAUAAUAAUGUUUACAAACAGGCACUGACUGUUUGUUGUGUAAAUAGUGGAACUAGUGUAUUUGCAGGAAUACUUCAAUUACCCUAUACAAAUAUUUGGUCAAUUUUAUUUUUUUGUAUGGUGCUAUUUUUGGGUGUUGAUUCACAAUUUUGUACUAUGGAAGGAUUUUUUACUGCAAUAAUUGAUGAAUUCCCCCAUUUAAUUAGAGGAAGACGUUAUGGCAGGGAAAUUUUUGUUUUGAGUAUUUGUGUAAUUUCUUAUAUUUGUGGAUUGUCUACAGUUACUGAGGGUGGUUUUUACGUCUUCCAAUUAUUCGAUUUUUACGCUGCUUCUGGUUGGGCUCUUCUUUGGCUCUUAUUCUUUGAAUGUAUAGCAAUUUCUUGGAGUGUAGGAAUUGACCGUUGGUAUGAUCAUUUAUACUCGAUGAUUGGUUAUUAUCCAAGUAAAUGGUGGAAAUUUUGUUGGGUUUUUACUACACCUGCUGUUUGUAUGGGUGUAAUGAUUUUUGGUUUAUUCAAAUACCAACCUCUACGUAUAGCUGCUUAUAAUUAUGAUUAUCCUCUUUGGGGGCAUAUUUUUGGCUGGUUUUUGUCACUUUCUUCAAUGCUUUGUAUACCCAUUUAUGCUAUUUAUGCUUGGAUUGUGACAGAAGGAACUGUUUCUGAGAAAUUCAAAAAACUAUUCCGACCAGAUGUUGAUUUAAUAAGCACAACUGAUGGCAAAAAUCAUCUAAAUACUCAUACAAAACCUGUAGCUGAUGGAAUUUGUGAUGGGGAUGUUUUUGAAUAA